CCUCCCCCCUCCCCUCCUCCUUUGCGCUUCAUUCAUAAUCAAACACUUUUUUCUCAUAAUGGCAGCCCCAUCUGCAAACCGCCUACGGCUCCUCUGCUCGUCCCGUCGAGUGACCGCCACCUCCACCACCUCCACCAUUAAUCCUCUCCUCUCACGCACCUAUGCCACGACCGAGCCCUCCUCCGCGACCACCACGACCAACAACAACGACGAAACCACCACUAGCCCUCGUCGCCGCACGACCUUCACCGACCGCCUGAAUGCCGGCCCCUCCUUCUCCGAUUUCGUGUCCGGGGACACCAUCGCCGACCCCAACGAAGCCUACGCGCUGAAGACGGCACUCGUCGGCCCCGCCGGCCGCAAGAAGGAGAUGACGCGGCUGCCCUCGUGGCUGAAGACGCCGAUCCCGGACUCCAAGAACUACCAGCGGCUGAAGAAAGACCUGCGGGGAUUGAACCUGCACACUGUUUGCGAGGAGGCGCGCUGCCCCAACAUCUCCGACUGCUGGGGCGGUAACGACAAGGCGGCCGCGACGGCGACCAUCAUGCUGAUGGGCGACACCUGCACACGCGGGUGCCGGUUCUGCAGCGUCAAGACCUCGCGGCGGCCGCCGCCGCUCGACCCGCACGAGCCCGAGAACACCGCCGAGGCGAUCUCGCGCUGGGGGCUCGGCUACGUCGUGCUCACGAGCGUCGACCGCGACGAUUUGGUAGACGGGGGCGCCCGCCACUUCGCGGAGACCGUCAUGAAGAUCAAGAGCAAGGCCCCCAGCAUUCUGGUCGAGUGUCUGACGGGGGACUACAUGGGCGAUCUCGAGAUGGUCAAGCUCGUCGCGCGCUCCGGGUUGGAUGUGUAUGCGCAUAACGUCGAGACUGUCGAGGCGUUGACCCCCUUCGUGCGUGACCGUCGCGCGACCUUCCAGCAGAGUUUGCGGGUUCUGGACGCCGCCAAGCAGGCCCGUCCCGAUCUGAUUACGAAGACCUCGUUGAUGCUGGGGCUUGGCGAGACGGACGAGCAGAUUGGGGAUGCCCUGUGCCAGUUGCGCAAGGUCAAUGUCGAUGUCGUCACCUUCGGCCAGUAUAUGCGGCCCACCAAGCGCCACAUGGCGGUCCAUGAGUAUGUCACCCCCGACCGCUUUGAGAUGUGGAGGCAGAAGGCCCUGGAGAUGGGUUUCUUGUACUGUGCGUCGGGCCCGUUGGUCCGGAGUAGUUACAAGGCCGGGGAGGCGUUCAUCGAGAAUGUCCUGAAGAAGAGGCGCGCCCAUGGUGUUGUCGGCUCGUCGGAGGCUGUGGAUAAGAAGGUCCCCAUCGAGGAGAUUGCUCGGUAAUUCUCUUCUAUUUUUUUGUUUUCUGGAUGUGCUUUGUUUCUCGGUUCUUUGGCGCAGGUAGGUUAGCAUUAUCUCGGUCUCCGGUUACAAUCUGUCUCGGUUCUCUGGUCUUAUGGUUGUGUGUGCUGUGCUAUCUUUACUUAGACUUGAAAAAGACAACCUCCCCACGAAAAGAAGGGGCUGAUGGUUUCGGAUUUCAAUGAAACAUAAUGUCAACAUGUAUCUUCAUUUCAAUGGGGAAUA